UCAAAUCUGUCAUGGUCACCACAAUGAGACUUUCAUCGCUUUCCUAUUGCUCGAGUGAAAAUGAAAGUAAUGAUAACAUUUCCUUGAUAAUGAUCACCUUGGUCAAAACUUCUCCGAGCGUUUUAAGGUGAACAACAUACAUGUCAUGUAAAUAAAUUCAAAAAAUCGAGUGUGAAAGCAAUCGCCGAAAUGACUAGCUAUUUUUUAACUCUCCUCGACGAAAUUUGUAAAUUAUUAGAGACGUACAAAGGCAGAGAUAAGGUUUUACGUACCUUAUGUUACACAACGAAAUUAAUCGGGGGGCUGCAUGGAAACAAAGUGCUUGCCGACAAGUUCCUUUUAUUUAGUAGACACAUGUCGAACACUCGAGCCACCUUGAGACUUUUAGAUGAUUUGCCAAUGUUGAAGUACAAUCUUGAGUAUGGAUUUGGCAAAGAGGAAUCUGAUAAACUAAUGGCGGCCCUAGGAGUAACGACAAAUAUACUUGAUCAAGUUUACUAUCCUGUUGAGAAAGUGGCGUGGUUAGCUGAACAUAAACUAAUCACUGGAGUGGACAAUAAUAAAUGGGAUACAAUCAGUUCCAUAUUUUGGGUGUCUUCCAUUUAUUUAACUUUAAUGAGGAGUUUACGUUACGUCAGUAUUUUACAAAAACACAGAUAUUGUGGAGCUGUUAAAAAUGAUGAAAGAAUUUCGUUGGAGAAAAUGCUGUUGCGAAGAAACUAUGAAGUGUUGACGUGUGUUCGUUUGUGUUUGGAUUUCGUGCAUGCCGUCAAUACCUUACCUAAGGGAUUUCUUUGGUCGUCUAAGUUGAACACGUGGCAGGUUGGUCUGAUUGCCACAACGUCGUCCAUACUUGGUAUAUAUCAAAUAUACGCUAAAAGAGAUUUGUAAUUUUGAAAUGGUUGAAUAAAACUAAGCA